CAUCUCGCGCUUCACAGCGUCCCACGGACCUGUGCCGCCCCCGGAAUAUUCGCUCUCCCGCCGACUUCGCGGCGCCGCCCGGCCAGCCCUCGACCCGAAUCUCGCCGGCGCCUCGGACAUGAUGGGCUCGACAGGUUGGGACGCACAGGGCCAGGCCAUGGCCACCACCACUGAUGAGGACUUUGGACAGUUCCUCGACAUGAGCGCCAUGGCAAACCUCGGCGAUGGGAUGCACUUUGACUUUCAAGGGUUCCAGGAUGGCUCCGCCCAGGCAAUCAUGAACCACCAACCCCGCGAUGCAACUGAUACCAUCAUGGGCGACUCGGACAACCAAGGCAUUAUGCCCUCCAACAACUCACUACCGAUAACCACAUCGGCUUCUCAACCCAGCAUCCCGGCUCACAUGAUGACCCCCAACCCCGACCCCAUCUCCAACAUCGACGCCCAGAUCCAGUAUCUUCAACAGCAAAAGUUCCAACAGCAGCAACGUCAGCUCCAGGAGCAGCAGGCCGCCUUCUUCUCCAACCACAACCACUCAGUCCCGCCGACCCCUCAGAGUCUUGAGAUGCCCAACAGCUUCUACUCUCAGGCUGAACAGGUAUCACAACCGGGUGUCUACGACCCGGGAUAUCAUCAACGUAUGAAGGAGCAAGAUAUGGCCUUUACUCCCCUCGUCUCACCUGCCGUCACUCCGCUUGACCCUCAUUUCAGCAUGGAUAGCUCGACUUUCACCGUUCCUGGUGCUUAUUUCAGCCCUCUCACAUCUCCUGCUCUUCAUGCUCAAAAUGAUACCUCUUCGAUAUAUGAGCACACUCACUCAAAUAACUCGCCCAUCGAAAUGGAACUUGAUACUUCAACCACUGCCGCAAUUGGAUCCGUGGAUCUGUCAAAGAAGCCGAGAAAGAAGGCACCCGCAAAACCGAGAGGCAAGGCCAAUAUUCGGAGCUCACCCAUUGUGAAACCCCAGCGAAGGAAGACGGGUCCCAGCCCGGCCAUCGUCUCCCAGGUUCUCACCGAGGUGGAGGAGAACGGGAACUCGGCCUUCCUCCCUAUGCCCGCCGCUUCCACCGAAACCUCACCCGAGGAGAACUCGUCAGUAUCACCGGAGACCCUUUCGGAUAUGCCACCCCCGCCUGUUCCCACGCGGAGAUCGACCAGUAAAUCCCCCUACAUUUAUCCCCAACGGAGCGGUCAACAGACACCCGUCUCGGCCCCCGCAGAUUCGCAGCCAGCUCCAGCUACCCCCGCGUCGUUGAUGAAGCUUCCCGCAUCUCGGACAAAUACAGCAUCAACUGGUCACCUUGAACACGCGGGGACGGAUCACAUUGAGUCGCUCGAGCUGCCAGAAUCAGUUUCCAAUAAGAAACUUGGCCCGACCAUCACACGCACCAUUGUGCAAUCUACCCUCGUCGAAUCUGCGACCUCCAAGGGGCCCAGCUUCCAACCCCUGCAAUCCCCGGUGUUUCCUAAGCGCUCCGGUACCACCUCUGCGAGCCAAAGCCCCCAGCUUGGCCCUGGUUCCUCCGGCCCCGCAGCUCGCAAAACUCCCCAGCUCGCUCCUCGGAAUAGUAGGACGCGUACUGGAUCGGUUCAUGUGUCGCCAGCCCUGCUCCCGAGGAUCUCCCCUAACAUCAAGCCCCUACUUCCAGGAACCCCUGGCCUGACUUCUGCGGAGGAUGCGGCCUCUCGACUUCUCAUGUCAAAGUCGAAUUAUCAAAAUAUCCUAGAGGGUAACCAAGUGCCUGGAGUGUCAUACCCCAGCGAGCUAUCGACCAACCUGACAUCAAAACGAACAUCACACAAGAUCGCAGAGCAAGGCCGAAGAAACAGAAUAAAUUCAGCCCUGCAGGUCAUGGCAGGUCUUUUACCUGGUGGCAUGGAUCCCGGGAGCGAUGGGGGAGGAAGUGGAGACAAGAAGGACUCGAAGCAGGCCAAUGCGCAAAACAGCAAGGCCAGUGUCGUCGAGAAUGCCAUUGUGCAUAUGAAAGACUUACAGCGCGAAAAUGGAGAUCUGAAAGAAGAACUGGCCGAGCUCAAGAAACAACUUGAGCAGCUUAAGACAGCGGACAAAACGGACCGAGGCCUCAACGCCUGAGAAGUGUGUGGAUGGUUUGUUUGGUACACCAGCAGCCUGGGGCUCACGGUGUGUGGAGGAACUAAUAUGAAGGUGCGAGAUGCA